UCGCGGCUAUUUGACGUGCGGCUCUGGGAAGGCGAAGGUUUUUGUGUUGCUCGCCGGGGCUAGUGGCGGCAGCGGCGGCUGCGGCGGCGUCGGUGGAGGAGGGGUGGAGGCGCAGCGACUGCUGCACCGCGCUCGACGCUGCGGAGCGAGCCCACCCGCCCCGGGAGCUCGCCUCCCCGGUGCUCCCCCUCCCUCCCCGCCCCCCCAGUGGCGCUGCCUCCUCCAAAUGAGCGAUUCGCCCGCUGGAUCUAACCCAAGGACACCCGAAAGCAGCGGCAGCGGCAGCGGCGGCGGCGGGAAGAGGCCGGCGGUGCCGGCGGCGGUGUCCCUCUUGCCCCCGGCGGACCCCCUGCGCCAGGCGAACCGGCUCCCAAUCAGGGUCCUGAAGAUGCUGAGCGCUCACACCGGCCACCUCCUGCACCCGGAGUACCUGCAGCCGCUGUCCUCCACCCCCGUCAGCCCCAUUGAGCUGGACGCCAAGAAGAGUCCAUUGGCGCUGCUGGCCCAGACUUGCUCACAGAUCGGCAAGCCGGACCCGCCGCCCUCGUCCAAGCUCAACUCGGUAGCGGCGGCGGCCAACGGGCUGGGAGGGGAGAAGGACCCUGGCCGCUCCGCCACGGGUGCCGCCUCCGCGUCUGCGGCCCUCAAGCAGCUGGGGGACUCCCCGGCCGAGGACAAGUCCAGCUUCAAGCCCUACUCCAAGGGCUCCGGCGGCGGCGAUUCCCGCAAAGACAGCGGCUCCUCCUCCGUGUCCUCCACCUCUUCUUCAUCUUCCUUGUCCCCGGGAGACAAGGCGGGCUUCAGGGUUCCCAGCGCUGCCUGCACGCCCUUUCCCCCGCAUGGAGCGCCGGUCUCUGCGUCGUCGUCUUCGUCCUCGCCCGGUGGCUCCCGGGGCGGCUCCCCACACCACUCUGACUGCAAGAACGGCGGCGGGGGUGGCGCCGGGGAGCUGGACAAGAAAGACCAGGAGCCCAAGCCCAGCCCGGAGGCUGCGGCUGUGAGCCGUGGCAGCGGUGGGGAGCCCGGCGCACACGCGGGUGGUGCGGAGGCUGGGUCCUCUGGGCGCAAGUCCGAGCCGCCCUCGGCACUCGUAGGGGCUGGCCACGUGGCGCCGGUGUCACCCUACAAACCGGGCCACUCAGUGUUCCCGCUGCCACCCUCCAGCAUCGGCUAUCACGGCUCUAUCGUGGGCGCCUACGCCGGCUACCCGUCUCAGUUCGUGCCUGGCCUGGAUCCCAGCAAGUCUGGCCUCGUGGGAGGCCAGCUGUCGGGGGGCUUGGGCCUGCCACCCGGCAAGCCCCCCAGCUCCAGCCCGCUCACCGGGGCCUCCCCGCCCUCCUUCCUGCAGGGAUUAUGCCGCGACCCCUACUGCCUGGGAGGUUACCACAGCGCCUCGCACCUCGGUGGUUCCAGCUGCUCCACUUGCAGUGCGCACGACCCCACCGGGCCCAGCCUGAAGGCCGGGGGCUACCCGCUGGUGUACCCCGGGCACCCGCUCCAGCCCUCUGCGCUCUCCUCCAGCGCCGCUCAGGCCGCGCUCCCCGGCCACCCUCUCUACACCUACGGCUUCAUGCUGCAGAACGAACCGCUGCCGCACAGCUGCAACUGGGUCGCGGCCAGCGGGCCGUGUGACAAGCGCUUCGCCACCUCGGAGGAGCUGCUCAGCCACCUACGGACUCACACGGCCCUGCCGGGAGCAGAGAAACUUCUGGCCGCCUACCCCGGGGCUUCCAGCCUGGGCAGCGCCGCCGCGGCCGCCGCAGCCGCCGCCUCCUGCCAUCUGCACCUCCCCCCGCCCACCGCCCCGGGCAGCCCCGGGUCGCUGUCUUUGCGGAGUCCACACACUUUGGGGCUAAGCCGGUACCACCCCUAUGGCAAGAGCCACUUAUCCACAGCCGGGGGCCUGGCCGUGCCGUCCCUCCCCACAGCCGGACCCUACUACUCACCGUAUGCGCUGUACGGACAGAGACUAGCUUCAGCCUCCGCACUCGGAUACCAGUAACUACAGCUCUUGCUCCCACCCAACCCUCCUCUCCUUUCCCCCUCUGCCUCCCUUCCCCCGGCCGCCUCGCCGCUGCAACCUCCACUACUGCUUGUCCCUGCAGGGAUUCCCCGCCCAGACCCUCCCUACCGGACUGUGUAUUUAUUUACUAUAAUGUUAGCUUACAAGCUGGGAAUAUAAGUGCAUUAACGGCCCACACGAGUCAAUGGUAUGCAAAAAGUCUGUGUUCCCCAAAUAAUAAUAUUAAUCACACAAAUAACUACAUGUUCCCCGCCCCUCUUCCUUUCUUUUAUUCUUUUUCCUUUUUCUUAGAUGUGUCUUUUUCCUUUUUUUUUUUUUU